AUGCUUUUGGACAGAUUGCGCCCAUCCUCAAAGCUUCCAAGGAAUACACGACGAAAUCCCUCAGACUCCGCAGUACUGUAUGAGGCUCAAAGCAGUACGAAUCAAAGUUGUAGGAACAAGAGAUUCCGUGUACCUCGGAAGAACCCCCAACAAGCAAGGAACAGUACUGCACAGGCUCGAGCAAUUCUAAAAUUUCAGACUCAGAUUUCAAUGGCCAGCCCUGCUAUAGCGCUGUCCUCUACGCCAAAUCCAAUCAUUGUAUCUGGAGAAGCUGGCCACGAGUUGCUUUCAACUGAGAAUGAUAUGAUUCUAUCCAGUUUAAUCACAAACGACAGAAAUGCACCAAAAUCGAGGAAAGGACGCAGUGACAGGGUAGCGACUUCCGUAUUGAGUGAUGACUCGUAUCUUCCCGUCAGCGAAGAGAGCGACAAACGAUGCAAACGCAAGAGAGGAGCGGACGGCGAUCUCUUCCAAAAGAGAGCAAAGGAAAAUCCGGCGGAGGACAUCCCACGGAUGGAAUCGAAUUUGAAGAGUCAAACAGAGCUUGCGGAGGCGAAGGCUAUCGACUCUGAAACUGAAACUAAACGUUUAGGUACUACCCACUUUGGGCCUCAUAAUAAGCAGGAGUCAACGACUUCUCUGGUUCUCUCUAACUUGGUCCAAAUUGACGACAUGGAUUGCGCCACUAGACAGGCCAGACUCAAAAUUCUGAUAACGAUCAUCGAACGAGGCGACGAAUUGACUGAAGUUGAGAAGGCACAAUUGGCUGAGUUAGAGGCCAAGGGAACUCGAGUUUAUGGCCGAGAUCUAUCAAGAAUAAACGUCGCAAAUAUGGAUAUUGGGAUGAGGAAGAACUGGCGGAACGUGUUGCGCAAGAAAGUCGAUCGAUAUAACGUUCUGAAUGAAGCAGAAAUGAAGCAAGUAAAGGAUUUUGGAAUGCUACUUUAUAUGAAAAGAGGAAAAUAA